AUGGCCGAAGUCGAGUCAAUACGACCCUUUGGCCCCGCCCGCUCUACCGUCAAGGGCGAGCCGCUCUCCAAGGAGGAGAUUGAGCAGUACAAUGACUUCUUCAAGGCCAGUUGCUACUUGUCCUUGGGUAUGAUCUAUCUCAAGGAGAAUCCCCUUCUUCGAGACCCCCUCAAAGGCGACCACCUCAAGGCUCGAUUGCUUGGCCACUUUGGCUCUGCUCCAGGACAAAUCUUCGCAUACAUGCACUUCAACCGUCUUAUUAAGAAGCAUGAUCUGAACGCCAUCUUCAUUUCUGGCCCCGGCCAUGGUGCCCCGGCCGUCCUCUCACAGUCCUACCUCGAGGGCGUCUAUUCUGAGGUGUACCCUGAUAAGUCCCAAGAUAUUGAAGGUCUGCAGAAGUUCUUCAAGAGCUUCUCUUUCCCCGGUGGAAUUGGCUCCCACGCCACUCCAGAAACCCCAGGAUCUCUCCACGAGGGUGGUGAGCUGGGUUACUCCAUCUCACACGCUUUCGGCACGGUUUUUGAUAGCCCCAAUUUGAUCGCACUUACCAUGGUCGGUGAUGGUGAAGCCGAGACUGGUCCUCUUGCCACUGCCUGGCACAGUAACAAAUUCCUGAACCCUAUUGUGGACGGAGCUGUUUUGCCCGUUCUUCACCUUAACGGCUAUAAGAUUAACAACCCCACACUUCUAGCUCGAAUAUCUCACAAGGAGCUCGAGAACCUGUUCCUUGGAUACGGCUGGCAGCCAUACUUUGUCGAGGGUGAUGAUGUUGAGACCAUGCACCAGGCCAUGGCGGCCACUCUCGAGCACUGCGUCGAUGAGAUCCGCAAAUUCCAGAAGCAAGCCCGCGACAGCGGUGAGGCAUUCCGACCUCUGUGGCCCAUGAUUGUGCUCCGAAGCCCUAAGGGCUGGACCGGUCCCCGCAAGAUUGACAAUAACUAUCUCGCUGGUUUCUGGCGCGCCCACCAAGUCCCCAUCACCGACCCGGCAACCAACCCCCAGCACCUUAAGAUCCUCGAGGGGUGGAUGCGCAGCUAUGAGCCUGAUCGCCUCUUCGACGAGUCUGGCAAGCCCACCCCAUCCAUCCGUGCUCUCUGCCCAGAUGGCAACCGCCGUAUGAGCGUCAACCCCAUCGCCAACGGCGGCCAACUGAGGAAGCCCCUCAAGAUGCCCAACUUCAAGGACUACGCCAUCAAGGUCAACCGACCUGGCGCUGUCAUGAACGCUAGUAUGACCAACAUGGCUAAGUUCUUACGGGAUGUCAUUGCGGCGAACCAGACCAACUUCCGUCUUUUUGGCCCUGAUGAGACGGAGUCUAACAAGUUGGGUGGUGUCUAUAUAGCCGGCAAGAAGGUUUGGAUGGGAGAGUACUUCGAGGAAGAUGAGAAUGGCGGUAACCUUGCCAAGGCCGGACGCGUUAUGGAAAUGCUUUCUGAGCAUACCUGCGAGGGCUGGCUUGAGGGCUACAUUCUGAGCGGUCGUCAUGGUCUGCUGAACAGUUAUGAGCCUUUCAUUCACGUUAUUGAUUCCAUGGUCAACCAGCACUGCAAAUGGAUUGAGAAGUGUCUCGAGGUCGAGUGGCGAUACAAGGUCGCUUCUCUCAACAUCCUGUUGACGGCUGUUGUUUGGCGUCAGGACCACAACGGCUUCACCCACCAGGAUCCUGGUUUCCUCGACGUUGUGGCUAACAAGAGCCCCGAAGUCGUGCGCAUCUACCUUCCCCCUGAUGGUAACUGCCUGCUUUCAGUUAUGGAUCACUGCUUCCGGUCUGUCAACUACGUGAAUGUCAUCGUGUCCGACAAGCAGGAGCAUCUCCAAUACCUCUCCAUGGACGCCGCUGUCGUGCACUGCACUAAGGGUAUUGGUAUCUGGCCUGAAUUCAGCACCGACGCCGGCGAGGAUCCCGACGUGGUCAUGGCCUCAUGCGGAGAUAUCAGCACCCACGAGUCCCUCGCAGCCAUCGACCUGCUCCUACAGCACUUCCCAGAGCUCAAGAUCCGCUGCGUGAACUGCGUUGAUCUCUUCAAGCUGAUCCACGCCAGCGACCAUCCCCACGGCUUGACCGACAAAGAGUGGGUGAGCCUGUUCACCGACGACACCCCUAUCAUCUUCAACUUCCACAGCUACCCCUGGAUGGUGCACCGCCUGACGUACAAGCGCCCUGGAAGCAAGAACCUGCACGUCCGCGGCUACAAGGAGAAGGGCAACAUUGACACUCCUCUUGAGCUGGCCAUCCGCAACCAGACGGAUCGAUUCAGCUUGUCCAUCGAUGCUAUCGACCGGAUGCCCAAGCUUCACAACCGUGGCGCUGCUGCUCGAGAGGCUCUGCUGAAUGCGCAGAUUGAGGCCCGCAACCAGGUGUUCGAGACAGGCAUGGAUCCUCCUUUCCUGAAGAACUGGACCUGGAAGCGGAAUGGCCAGUGGAAUAAGGUCGCUGAUGGACUUGCUUCUCGAUAA